CCGCCUCUUCUGUGUUUCCGGUCAAUGUUCCGUCAACAUGGCGUCGGUUAACCGGAGGAAGCUCGAGUCUCAGUGACGGUAACGAUCAACACGAUCCCACCGGGAAACUGGAACCAGCGGGGGAGCGAGAAGAUGGAGGAGAAAGCGUUAGAGGUUUAUGAUGUGAUCCGGUCGAUCCGGGACCCGGAGAAGCCCAACACCCUGGAGGAGCUGGAUGUGGUGACGGAGAAAUGCGUGGAGGUCCGGGAGCUCGGAGAAGACGAGUACCUGAUCAUCAUCAAGUUCUCCCCGACCGUCCCUCACUGCUCCCUGGCCACUCUGAUCGGGUUGUGUUUACAAGUGAAGCUGCAGAGAUGUUUGCCUUUUAAACACAAGCUGGAAAUUUACAUUUCAGAAGGAACUCAUUCUACCGAGGAAGAUAUUAACAAACAGAUCAACGAUAAGGAGCGAGUGGCGGCCGCCAUGGAAAACCCCAACCUGAGAGAGAUUGUGGAGCAGUGCGUCAUCGAACCAGACGACUGAGGAGCGUGUGUGUUUGUGUGUCUGUGUGUGUGCGUGUGUGCACGUGUGUGUGUGGUCUUGUCUUGUGUCGACUCCGAGGCGACUCAGAUUGUUUCCUCCAGUGAAAUGGUUGAACAGUGAAUGAAUGAAACAAAGGUCAGGACCGACGAGUUGAAACAGGAAACACCUGAAGAAUGAGGUUUUAGACUUUCAGAAAUAUACUCAGUGAUUCAGUCGGAGCAGGAAUAUGAUUCUUUACAUGUGAUUGUUUUUUUAAAGAACAGAUCUGAUGAAGAAUAAAAUCAGUUGUUAAAAUCUUC